UCCCUUUUGACAUUGUUUAAUAUUUAUAUUUCAAUGCAAUCAUCUUCCUGCCAUUGAAAACCAUAUAGUCCUUCAAGGUUCUUUGAUAAAAUUUCAAGGAUAAACAUGGGACUGAAAGAUCUUCACCUUAAGCUCAAGGCAUUUAAGCUGAGACGAUUUCGGAUAGGAGAUGGUGGAAGCAAGAAAAGAAAGAAUGAGUUUAAAAAGAAGCCUUCUUGGACGAUGCGAAUCUCACAUGGCUAUCAUGUUGUGGAGAAUAAGUCAUCCAAAGACAGUUCGGAUGAGUCAGACUUAGAUUCAGUUGUGGUACAGAGAGAGCAAAUUGAAGAGCUUGAGUUGUGGUUCUUUGGAGUUUUUGAUCCUCGGAUUGGGGAUGGAGUUACCAAGUACGUACAAUCCUCUUUCUUCGAUAAGAAGCCUAAAGAGUCCCAAAUAAAUAGAAAGGCCAAAGGGACAAUGAGAAAAGCAUAUCUUGGUGCAAGAGCAAAGGUCAGAGAGGCACAAAAAGAAGAUGAGACGAUGCAAGCUGGCUCAGCAUCUGUGAUGCUGAUCAAUGGAGAAAAGCUUGUGAUAGCAAACCUGGGUGGCUACAAAGCUGUUGUAUGUGGAGAUGGUGUGGCUCAUCAGAUAAGCAGCAAGCACCAUGCUGAAGCCAGAAGACAUUGGACUCGCAGACUGUUUCCAGUACGCAUAUUAGUUUGUGACUCAAGUAAUGCAGCAGCAAUAAGGCACCCCAAAAGCUCAGAAUUUGUUGUUGGGGCUGAAAAGGUCGAUGGUGACACUGAAUUCAUCAUCAUAGCAAGCACUGGAAUCUGGGAGGUGAUGAAAAAUCAAGAAGCUGUGAAUCUCGUCAGGCAUCUGGAGGAUCCACAAGAAGCUGCUGAGUGCCUAACGAAGGAGGCUUUAUCAAGAAUGAGCAAGAGCAGUAUAUCUUGUGUCAUCAUCCAUUUUGAUUAGUACUAUGUGUUUUCAUCUACAGUUGGGCGUCCGUUUAUGUAUUGAUGAACCUGGAAUUGCAAGUGAAAGGUGUUUUUUUUCUUUUUUUCCCUUUUGAACUUUCAG